GCAAUAACAAGUUAUUCGCCGGGAUGGCCGCUUUCUUCCCAGGUUUUGCUCUAUAGUCUUUCUCCGAGGACAGCCUGGCGUGCUGAUUACACCCCUGAGUACAUCUCAUGGAAGAGAUAAAGAAGUGACUAAGCCAAUAUUUUCUUUUGGACUUCCAUUUACUAGCUUUUAUCCAUUAAUUUCUUCCUUUUUUAAUCUCUCAAUCCCCUAACCAUGUCUGUGCUUACAGAGCCAAUCAACCCGCUCCCCAAUCCAAACAUUGAUACACAGGACAAUGGAUACACUGCUGUCAAUCAAACAAAACAGUUCAGCCCUUUGAACUUCUCAAAAUGGAGGCCAUCUUUCCACCUUCUUGCCCCUAGCAACUGGCUAAACGAUCCAUGCGGCCCUGGAUAUGACCCUUCAACAGGACAAUACCACCUCGCGUUUCAAUGGAAUCCGAAGAACAACCACUGGGGAAACAUUUCCUGGGGCCACUCAACAUCAUAUGAUUUGAUAUCUUGGAAAACAUCCUCACACCCAUGCCUCGUUCCAUCUGCUCCUUACGACUGCAAAGGCAUAUUCACUGGGUGUUUUCAACCGACAAAUUUACACGGGCAACAAGACGGCACUUUAACAUACUUUUACACAUCUGUUAACAAACUUCCCAUCCAUUAUACUCUUCCUUAUUCCACCGGAAGCGAGUCAUUGAGUGUUGCACUAUCGCAUGAUGCAGGGCGCACAUGGAAGCGAUAUUCGCAUAAUCCUAUUUUACCGGGACCCCCAGCUGGCCUCGACGUAACCGGUUGGAGAGAUCCAUAUACCUUUUCAUGGUCAUGUGCGCCAGAGACAUUUCGUCGAGAGCAUACUGGCAAAGAAGUCCUGUACGGGCUCAUCUCCGGUGGACUAGUCAAUCACACGCCUACCGUUUUUGUUUACACUAUUGACAAAACUGCCCUUACCGAAUGGAAAUACAUCGGCACUCUGCUGGACGUAGAGUUGAAUUUAAGGCCUUCUAGAUGGUCCGGGGAUUUUGGAGUAAAUUGGGAAGUUACCAAUCUAGUGACUUUAGCAGACGACGAUGGCGUUUCACGAGAUUUUAUUAUCAUGGGAUCUGAGGGGUGUCUCAAGGACGAUCAGCAGUCAAGGAAUAAGCAACCAUCUGUUAGAAACUAUCGGAUUCCGAGAUCUCAACUAUGGAUGUGCAUUAAAGAAAAUCAGGACACUUCCUCAUCCUCGGCUCUCAUGCAGUACGGCUUUGGCGGCAUAUUCGACAAUGGGCUCUUCUACGCGGCGAAUUCGUUCUGGGACCCCGUCACGCAGCAGCAGGUACUUUUUGGUUGGAUUACAGAAGAAGAUUUACCAGAUGGACCACGGAGUCGCCAGGGAUGGAGUGGGUUGAUAUCGCUGCCACGAGUGCUUAAAUUACAGACAAUUCAUCGCGUCACAAGAGCGCGAUCAACCAUGAAUUUGAGAGAUAUCACAUCAAUUGAGGCUGAACCCGACAGUUAUGGAACGUACACGAUUCGCACAUUGGGUGUUAGUCUAGACCCACGGACAAAUAUGCUGCGAAACGGCGCAAGAAAGAGUGCUAUCGGCGACACAAUACUAUCUUCUCCAUUUAAAUCAUUGUCCACAUUGGAUAUAAACACCUGUCAGAGCUUUGUCCCCUUAUGUACAACGAGAUGGGAGGUCGAUGCAGAGAUCGCGGUAGGUAAGGACAGCGGACGGGUUGGAUUUGUUAUUUUCCAUGAUACAGAUAAGCUGUGUAAAACGGUUCUGUUCUGGAAUCCAGUUUCUGAAACAUUCCAGAUCGAACGGCCGCACCUUCACGACUGUGAUACUCCGAUCAACCACGCAACAGAAAUCGCUCCUCAUACUCUAUUUACAAUAAACAAACCGAACCAAAUUAAAUUUAAUAAUGAUAAAACAGCCGGCUUGGCUUCCGACGUCUCAUCUUGGGGGACUGAAACUGAAGAAACGCUCCGGAUUCACGCAGUAUUUGAUGUGAGUGUUCUUGAAAUUUUGGUCAAUGAACGCACAACUUUGUCAACUCGUAUUUACCAUACAAGCAAGAAGUCCUCUAAGCCUGCUUGUGUGGGAUUGUACUUUUUUGCUGAGAGGCUAGGUGACCAGAAGGAAUGCGAUCAUGGGACGGCGACAAGGUUGCUUCAUGCCACAGUUUGGGAUGGGUUGACGUCUUAAAUUUUAUGUAUUGAUAGCGGCUAUUUUUCAUUUCCACAUAAGAAGUUGCGUUGCUUCAAAUCAAGAUAGUACUGUGUUGUAAAUAAGUCAUCCAAUACAGAAUGUUGCAAUGUAUUCGUAUUACAGCGCAUUUAUCAUUUCUCUCUCCCUAGAAAUGCGGU